AAUGAGGCGUUCAAACACACCUCGGAAGACUGAAACCAGGAGGCAGUAAGCAGCCGUGAGGAUAACAAAAACCUCGAAGAAGAGGAUAGAGCUGGAGGAGAAGGACGAAGAAAAAAAAAAGACCCAGGCUAGUUCAUAGUUGCUGACAGCUGCUGCUUACAUCUGGAAUAAGGCUCCAGGUUGGCUUUAAUCGAUGCUUAUAUCCCCGGUUUUCCUAUGACCUCCUUCAGCGCGUUACGUUUGAGGAUCCUGGACUCCAAGAUCCGCUGUCGCUCAGUCUGAAUGAAAACUAUUGUGGUCAGGCAUGCUGCCAACAGGAGAGGAGAACGGCACCAGGAAGGCCCGGCUAGAACCGUGACACGCCACAUAUCCACGUUAUCAUCAAAGGGGAAGACUACAGCUGUACUAUGAGAGCCUUGGCAGAGAGGGAGGAAAGCAAAGAAGCAAACCACAUGCGUGUUCUCCUCGCUUUAAGGAGUUUGGGAAGGAGAGCUCUGUUUCAUCCGGAGUAAAGACACAUCAGAGCGAACAUCCACAGGAGCUGGACAGCCAUAUUUUCUGUGUGCAGACGCCCACCGCGCACCAGACAGUAGAAACACACGCUCGCAAAGCUCUACACCUUUUUGUACUCGUGGCAAGGGAUCGAAAAUGUCUUUAAGUGCAAAACACAGGAGGGAAGCCGUUCUCCCGCUUGGUACGGAUCGUCUCCCCAAGUCGCAAAACUGACAUGAAGUCCAAGCUGAGAAGACCUGAAGAGGAGGACUGUGACAUCCAGGAACAGAGCACAUCUUCCAAGGCAACAGAAGAACUACGGCACACAAGCAAAUCAGCACCUUACCAAACUCAUUCCUCUGGACGUACCCACCCAAAGAUGGCCUCUGCAAAGCUGAACGACAGAACGCUCCAUUUGACUGUCAGACUUCAGACCGGACAAAAGGAGGAUGAGCAGGAGCCGAUGGAAGAAAUUGGAGGUUUAAUCAACUCCGAUGGAGAGGUGGUGGCUUGGCAUGGCAGAGAUAUUUCUGACCAAGAGUCUGACUGCACAGACAUUUCUCCAUCUGAAAAGGAAGUCAUCCUGGUUGAUUCUCAACCUCAAGACCAAAGCCAGACGGACUGCAGUAGUCCGACACUCCUCAUGGAAGUUGUCGAAGACGAUGAAGAAAACGAGGACGGGGAGCAGACAGAGGGAGGAGCAAGGAUGACAAGGAUCGCACCUUUACGUUCUGUAAGAACGCGACAGAGACGAGUAAAAAAAGUUAGAGUCCAGUCUUUGGAAAACCCAGACAACGGAGAACAUGUUCCUUUAAGCGCUGCAAAGAGAAGAGGCAGGAGUCAGAGUUCUCAAACUGGGCUGCUGUGUGGGGCGAACUCAGAGACAAAUGAAGGAGUAUCAAGACGCAGCGGAAGAAGAAGAAGAAAGAUCCACACCUAUGCAGAACCAGAAGACCUAACCCCAGAAAUGAUUCCCUGUGUUACUGGGAAGCGGCGUCCUCGGAGAAAGACGCCGCGUGUACCAAUAGAAAUACCUCCUGAGCUCCUGAAACAGCCCAAAGAGAAAAUCGAGUACCGCUGUUCGGUUUGCAGCAAAGAAUUUCCCCACGCAUACAAACUAGAGCGGCACGAGCUGAUCCACACGGGAGAGAAACCGUACUGCUGCUCCAUUUGUGGUCGGGGCUUUAACCAGAAGGGGAAUCUCAAAACGCACUACAAAGUCCACCUUGGUGAGAGCCUCCAGCUGUGCUUUACAGGUCGAAAAGAUGCUGUGGACUUUGAAGAUGAGGGGAAUCCCUCUCAAUCCGAACUCUCUGAAUAUUUGAAGACUCUGCCAGGAGAAUCAAAAAUCCGGUCGUCCCUCCACUGCCUGGAAUGUGGGAAGGACUGUGAAAGCCAGUCAGCUUUACAAGCGCACCACGUUACUACUCACGGCGAGGCGACGGGUGGAACGGAAGCGGCCAAGCACGGCACAACACAGUUCCUCUUCUGCCGCCGCUGCAGUAUUCGGUUCGACGACAAAGAAAAGCUGGAGGAGCACAUGAAAACCCACAUCAAGGAGAAGCGCUACUCGUGCCCAGACUGCGGCAAGAGGUUCAUCAACGAGAACUACAUCCAAAUUCACCAGCGCAUCCAUACAGGAGAGCAGCCCUUCCUCUGCUCGCUCUGCGGCAAAGGCUUCCACACGGCCUCCUCCCUCAAACUUCACGAGAUGCAGCACUCCGGGGAGAGGCCCUACGCCUGUUCGAUCUGCGGAAAGACGUUUCAGAUCAACUCCUACCUGAACGCGCAUUACCAGACCCACAUUAAGGACCGGCCGUUCAUUUGCAGCGUCUGCGGGAAGGGCUACUCUAGAGCCGAGGAACUGAAGGUCCACCAUCGGCUCCACACCGGAGAGAGGCCCUACAAGUGUGGCGAGUGUGAAAAGAGCUUCAUUUACAGGCAGGGGCUGCGGCAACACCAGCGGACGCACGCCGGACGGCGCAUCGGACCGACCAGGCAACUUGGCAGACCCAAACAACCGAACAAGCUGGAAAACUAACACCUUUUCCAUUGACGCAUUCCUGUAAUAAACUGAUGCUGCAGUAAAUUCCUCUUCAGGGUUCCCACGGGU